CCCUUAGCAACGUUGUCAUGUGUACUCAGCGAGAACUUCAGCGAGAAGUUGCUUGCUAGAUUCGUAGGAUGGCUCCAAAUAAGAAGAACGGCAAGAAGAACGGAGAUAAACCAACAAAGAAAGAAACCAUGGGAUUUUUUGACAAGUCUUUGGAUGAAGCUUCAACAGAAGGAGGCAGAGAGUUCUAUCGCGCUCAAAUUAGAGACCUAGAAGAACGACUUGAAAAGUAUCAGCAUAAAUGUGAUGAUUUGGAGGUUCGAGAGAAAGAUUUCUCCUCAAAAUAUAGUCAUGCAGAGAAAGAAAAGAGAGACAUGGUCCUUUACUUGAAACGAGCUGUGGCACAGAAGGAGGAUGAACUGUCUGAUCUCUCUGAACGACUGAUUUCCCUCAACCAAGCCAAGGAUGCAGAGAAGGAGACCUUUGAGCUGCAACUGAGUCAACUUCGUCAAGAGUUCCAGGAGGUCAAAGAUAAACUUACUUCAGAGAACAUGGCCCUUGCUGGAAAGCUGGCAGCCCUCGAGGAGUUCCGGGCCCAGAAAGAGGACCUGAUGGCACAGGUAACCUCCCUGGAGGAGCAGCUAGAAGGACAAAAACAGGAGCACCAGGCAAUCAUCUACAACUUGGAAAGAAAGGCUGUACUGGACAAUGACAGGCUUAAGAAGGAGAUGCAACAGCAUGUAGCAGCCGUGGCAGCGGAGUUUAGACGUGUCUCCGACAAAAAGAUGCCAGAGACCACUAUGAGAGCCAUUUAUGAGAAUGUGUCAGUGACGGCACAGAUCAAGCAGCUCUCAGACAAGAGCAAGGACCUGUUGGACAAGAACGAGGAGCUAAGUGAAAAAGAGAAAAAACUCCAACGGGAAGUGAAGGUGCUUGAGCCACUUCUUGAGGAGAUGACAAGGAAGAGUCUGACCAACGCAAAAGUGGUCCAUCAGCUCACAGAAAAGUGCAAACAGAUGAAUGCUGAGGUGGCAGCAGCUGAGAGAAUCUGCCAGGGGUAUCAACAGUUGCAAAAUGAUCAUUCUACCUUACAAACUGAGAUGAAACUCUUAAGACAGAAUCUAAUUACAGGACAGGAGACGUAUAAGAAGUGCCAAGCUGAAGCAGACAAACUGUCUAAGGAGCUUGCACAGGAACGGACACUCAGGGAACAACUGGAGAAUAUUUUACAAGAUGCUGCUACAGCAUUGAAAGACAUCUUGAAGCAAGUACCGCGGAUGGAUGACUCCGAGGUGAAGGCUCUGGCUCGCCGCAGUCAGAUGCUGCAGAAACUACUGGCUGUGCUGGACAGUGCAGCAGUGCUGGGGAAAGGCCCUGCCCUCUCAGAAUUUCUUAGAGACGGAAAAGAUAUCCAUCAGCUUGAGCCAGGCAUUGCAAGGCAGGGCUUAUUCUCUCCUCAGUUAAAGGCUACUCCUCGUAUCUCUCACUUCAAGACUGGUGACCUUGGUAUUGUUCCAGCACUCAAAAGUAAUAACUGCUCCUCAAAAAAGAUGGAUUCUCUCUCCAAGACCGUGCCCUCGUCCCUGCCCAAGAAAAACCAGGAGUGUAAGAAAAAGGGACUUCCAGAACAGCUGUGCAAAGGCUCCUCUAAAGUCUAACUUUAGAGGGGUUUCCCAGGCACCACAAAGCACUACUGGUAACAAGAUCUUCGUCAGGUCCAGCACAGUGAUGCUUUUCACAGAGGACCUCCAAUGUCCUCUGGUACAAAUCUCCACACACAUGAAAUCAACACACUGAAAUACAAUAUUAUUAACAGCAUGUUACUUGUUUAUUGUCUUGUUUAACGCUUUAUUGAUAACAGCCUGAAUUCAUGAAUAAAUUAUACAGUAAGACCUA